CUCACGGUGCCACCGCUCUCUUCCUCGGCGCUAAUAAUACGCCGAUAUACCACCGAUUCUGCCACCAUGGCUCUACGCGAGACUCCCGAGAGUAGCUGCCACGGUACGCGCGCCGCGACCAAAGACCAAAGACAUUGCUAAUCGCCCGCCCAUGCCGCGAAGGAUAAUUCGAAAUCCGCUGUUCGACGCGAGGCCUCGACCGGGAGUUCGAGCUUAGUCGUGAGAAAAGUGCGGGUGCGACAUCGAUAGUGUCGAACGUGUCACGUCAAAACAGUGACAUUCGGGAAAGGGAAGUGUUAACGCGAUGGAUCUGCAUUGACGCGAAAGCGAUCGGAAACGAUAUCCCAGAGGGUCUUGAGAAAACAAUCGCUUCUGCGAGCGAGGAUGAAGAGGCGCGGGAUCAGGUAAAGGAAGAGCUCGCCCUCUUACUAGCGGGUAAUGUGGAGAAUGCAGGAAGGCAGGACCGUGUCGCCUCUAGGACCGGUCGUCCUGUCGCGGGAGGAGGCCGACAUGCGUGCGAGUCUAUCACUGCCGCCGCAGCAGAGGAAGCCCGUCCUACUCGUGCAUACCGGCGAGUCCUUCCCGAGAUACGACGGCAUGCGACAGCAACAACAGUCACCGCCGAGCUCGCCGAUCCUGCGAUCCGUCGACAAGGAUCAGUACCACGAACUGGAGCAAGGUAUUAGGGAAAAGAGGCCAAACGAUAUCGAGGAGACGGAGGAGCAGGAGGACGAGGAGGAGGACGACGUCGAGGACGAGCGAAACACCCCGGCCGGAAGAAACGUCAUCGUGGACGACGAGGACGACGAGGACCAGGACGAGGAGGAGGAGGAGGAAGAGGAGGAGGACGAUCGUCGAUCCGAGAGACAUCGAAACGGCAACUACCACGAAGACGGUGACAUCGAGGUCGACGUGUGUCGAGAGGACGUCGACGAGAGCAACCCCAGUAGUCCGGUGGAUCUCACGGCGCCUUCGUCGAGAGGCGUCGCGUCCGAGCAGUUCGUACAUCCGUUCGCCAAUCGUGGGGUGCAUCCUUUCACUUGUGUGCAAAGUGGUGGUGGGCCCGCCGGCCACGGAACGUCAGUGUAUAUAUCCGGACAUACCGCUACCGGCUCGACCGUCAUGACGGUGUGCACUUCCGGUAACGUGGCGCGCACCACCACCGGCACGUCGACAGGUAGCAGCAUCACCACGACCGCCACCAGCACGGUGCAGACCAACAACAAGCGGUGCCUCGCAUUCUCCGUCGAGAAUAUCCUCGACCCGAACAAGUUUACCGGUGGCCGCGUCGUCCAUAAUCGCGUCCAGCAUCGCCGUCACCGACGCGCCGGCAGCGUCCACGAAGACGGCGACUCGCGGGGCGAAUUCGCCUGCGGCAGCGGGCAAGAAGAUGAGGAAGGUACACCGGACACCGUCAUGGAAGAAAUGGAAGAGGACAUUGAGGAGGAGGACGAAGACGAGGACAUCGAGAUGCGGGUGGUGGAUCAGGACUCCGAGAGCGUCGGACGGGAAAACGCAAGCGGCGGCGGCGGCGGAGCCAAUACAACCACGACGAACUGCAAGAAGCGACAAUCCUCGUCGUCGUCCACCUCGUCGAGCGGUCCAGGUACAAAAUUGCCAAACCAGAAUCAAAGCAGUCAAAACGGCACCGGAGGUGGCGGCGGCGGCGGCGGCAGCAGCAACGCCAGCGGAAAACCCAGAAGAGCGCGAACGGCCUUCACGUACGAGCAGCUGGUCAGGUUGGAGAACAAGUUCAAGACUACGAGAUACCUGUCCGUGUGCGAGCGGCUGAAUCUGGCGCUCGAACUCCAGCUGACCGAGACCCAGGUGAAGAUCUGGUUCCAGAAUCGACGGACCAAGUGGAAGAAGCAGAACCCAGGCCUGGACGUGAACAGUCCCACGGUGCCGACGACGCCGCCGCAUCCGUCGCCGUACGCGCCCGCCUUCCUCUUCGCCGCGCAUCCGCAUCAGCACCCGUUGCCGCACUCGCACACGCACCCGCACCCGCACGCCCACGUACACCACCCGCCGCCGGUGCCGCCGCCGCCGCCCGGCUACUACCAUCCGGCGGCCCCACCUUACCCGCCGACCGGACCGACCUUCUUCGGCCAUCAUCUGUCAGCGACUCCUGCUGCGACUGCGUCGGGACCGCCGCCGACCUCUACGCCUUCCUCCACCGGGUUGACCCUCGCGUCUCAUCCGCAUCCGCACACGCACCCGCACGCGUAGCGAACUCGCGGGCGACGAUAGCUUGCGUCAGCGUCCUCGCCUUCGUAGUCCACGGCAGGGAAACGGCGGAUAUUCGUGUGAGUACUUCCGGCGAAAAGUACUAGGGAAGGAAGAAGGGUAGAUAUCGUUGCGCUUCACUUCCCGCUUUGUUGUUCCUCGGCAGUUGUUUUUUUUUUUUUAAUCUUUAGAGGGUCGGACUAUAGCAGUCGGAAACAAACUUGGAAAUUUUACAGAGGAUAUGUGUGUAAAAAUUUUUAAUUUCAAUGGAAAAAUGCCGGCCCUCUAAAGGUUAAUUAGUAAGAAGUAAUGAUCGUUCCCAUGUGCGAUGGACGAAAAAAAAUUAGUUGGUUUAAAAAUAAUGGAAAAUAACACAAGUCCAUAAUUCGACGACUGAUUGGAUAUAUUAAUUUGGAUAUAUUAAGACGGAAAAAUACGCUUAUUUAAAUUUCAUUCCUCUCGAAAAAACAAUAUUCAUAAAAACAAAUUCGUAGAAAAAUAACGUACUUAGCAUCUAUUAUUACGUACUAUUAAAUAAUUUUAAUUCAGAGGCUUGUGUUAUUUUUCAGACGCAAACGAUAUACUAUGAUGACGAUAAACAACGCACUGAAAUUUUUUUGUUCGAUGUUUAAAAAUGCUGAAAACUAAUUAAGUAUCGAAUCGGAUGAUGGGUGUAAUGUUUUCGUUUGUCGGAUCGGCAGCGCGUAGGCAGCCGCGAUGUUAUAUUUUGCCUUCCCGUUGCGCACGUGAAACGACUCGAUAGCAUAAUCGGUUUACGUAGGGUGACGUUCAAAAAACGAGCGCGUAUCAUUCCGGCACGAUAUACUGGCCAAACAUUUAAAUUCCAUGCGUAUUUUUCUCUCCCAACGUCGAUCUUUAGACAAUAGCGAAGAAGGAAAGACGGUUCUUUUUUUUUGCAAACGAACGCGCACUCGUCAUCUGAUAGAUAACUCGACACUUGACGUAAAACGGAAUGACAUUAUAAUAGAAUAAAGGGCACAGACAGAGUUUCAUGAAAAAGUUUCGAUUGCUCCUCUAAUUUGCGCUUUUGCUCCUCGUUGCGAGCUUCGGGCGCGUCGUAAAAAAGAUUGAACAGAGUCAUAAACUAUCGUAAUACCUAGCCCGAAACCGGCGAGAAACGGUCCUUCGCCCAAUAAAACGAGAAUCUCGGUACUUUUCUCCAUGUAAAAAGUGACACGAACACCCCGAGUCCUUGUCGUUUUCUCACCUUUGUAACAUAUUCCGUUCGUCGCCGCGUUUAAGCGACGGCGGAAACUCGUCUUAAAGGGAAGUAGAUUUUAUCAGAAAAAAAACGCUCUUAGCAAGUAAGGAUGUAUGUGUGCACGGAUGGAUGAUGCGUUGUGAGAGAUUGCGAUUGUGGUGAAAAAUUAGCGAGUAAUGUUUCGUGUGCUGAUCGCGCAAAAAACGAUGAUGCACACCCGGAACGUAGCGAUCGUUCCUGUGUAAAAUAAAAAAAUCAUACGUUACGCUCAUAAAAAAAAAAAAA